AAAAAUUCGGGUUUCAAACGAUAGCCCUAUAAAAAGAAAGAUUCUUUUUUAUUUCUUUUUAUUUAUUUUAUAUUUGUAUAAUGGACAUACCAAACAAGACACAUAAUAGUUCAAACGUACCUCGUAUAAGAAAUCUACACCCUUCUCAACUCUCACCUGAACACCCUUAUGGUAGUAUUCACCAUGUCGAUGAGCAUAUACCUAUUGAACGUACAACAAGCACACUGUCUGAAAGAAUUGGUGAUUUUGUUGGGUCUUAUUCUCGUACAUCCAUGAUGUUUAUGGCUGAGAAUUUAGCUGUACCCAAUGGCCCUGUUCAUGAUGAAGAAGAAGACAAAUACUCUGCUAUUUCAUCAGGUUAUAUGUCAAGAAUACCCUCCAAGACAUCUGUGUCUCGUCUAUCCCGUAUUGAAUCAGGUCCAGGUGGAAGCUCAAGCACAAUGAAUGAGCAUGCUUCUCUAUUGUUCUCUCAUUUAGACAAAGUAUUGUCUACUCGCAGUGUAGGUACAGUAGCCGAGGAUUAUCGAUAUGAACCCCAUCCCCCUACCUCAAGCAAAAAAUCCUCUUUUACACAGUCGAUUUUUAAUUCGAUCAAUAUCUUGAUUGGUAUUGGUAUUUUGGCUUUACCUUUGGGUUUCAAGUGUGCUGGUUGGGUUGUAGGCUUGUCUGUAUUUGUGUUUUGUUGUGGGUUAACCAAUUAUACUGCUAAGUUAUUACAGCGAUGCUUGGAUAUUGAUCCUGAAUCAAGAACGUAUGGUGAUAUGGGUGCUUUGGCAUUUGGCUUAAAAGGUAGAAUUUGGGUCACUGCUUUGUUUAUUACAGAAUUGAUCACAAGCAGUGUGGCAUUGGUUGUCUUACUUGGUGACGGCAUUGAUUCCCUCUUUCCUGGUUUUACGCUCAAAGAAGUACGUGUAUUGUCUUUCUUUAUCUUGACACCCAUGUUGUUCCUGCCUGUUCGUCAUUUAUCGUACACAAGUCUAUUGGGUAUCAUUAGUGCUUUUAGUAUCAUUACAGUUAUGGUUAUUGAUGGUCUUAGCAAGAAAGAUGCACCUGGUAGUUUGAUCGAACCUGCUGAUACAGAGAUGUGGCCAUCCACUUGGAAUUCGACUUGUUUAUCGUUUGGCUUGAUUAUGGCGGGAUUUGCUGGACAUGCUGUAUUCCCAACUGUGUAUCGGGAUAUGGAAAACCCUAAACAAUAUCACAAGAUGGUCAACUGGACUUAUGUGGCUACCACCUUUGUCUAUUUUGGUGUUGCUGCUUCUGGUUAUUUAAUGUUUGGAUCUAACACCAUGCAAGAGAUCACGCAAAACAUUGUGGCUAUUCCUGAAUACAAUCAAACCUUGAAUCGCCUUGCUGUGUGGCUGAUUGCCAUGAACCCGAUUGCUAAAUAUGGGUUGACUGUCAACCCAGUCAACCUCAGUUGGCAGCUCUGGUUAUUUAACGGUACUUGGCUUGAAUCCUGGUGCGAAAAGGGAAGUUGGCGUGAACCUACCUUGACCGGCAUUGGAAAGAUCUGUGUGAGUGCGUUUAUUGUGGUCUUGGCUUAUAUUAUUCCCGGGUUUGAUAAGAUCAUGUCUUUGUUGGGUGCUUUCUUUUCCUUUAUGAUUUCUGGUAUUUUCCCUUUGGUGUGUAACCUACGCUUAUUUGGUGACACCAUGUCUUUUCAGACCAAACUCUUAAAUUAUGGUUUGAUUUUCAUUGCUUCUUCCAUGGCUUUCACAGGUACAUUAUCAAGUUUUAUUUAAAUAAACACAUUAAAGCUUGCUUUCGAGAUCAGCCUU